CCAGGCCCUCUGCCUGCCACUCGGUGGCAGCCCCUGGAGCUAGCUGUCCCGGCCCUCCUGGAGCCUCAGCAGAUCCCUCUCUCAGAACUCACAGCCAAGAGCCCAGAACAGGAGCCACCAUGAAGUGCUUCAGCUUCAUUAAGACCAUCAUGAUCAUCUUCAACUUGCUCAUCUUUCUGUGUGGUGCCGCCCUGCUGGCUGUGGGCAUCUGGGUAUCCGUCGACGGGUCAUCCUUCCUGAAGAUCUUUGGGCCGCUGUCGUCCAGUGCCAUGCAGUUUGUCAACGUGGGCUACUUCCUCAUCGCAGCCGGCGCUGUGCUGUUUGUUCUCGGUUUCCUGGGCUGCUAUGGUGCUCAUCGCGAGAGCAAGUGUGCUCUCCUGACGUUCUUCUUCAUCCUCCUACUCAUCUUCAUUGCUGAGAUUGCAGCUGCUGUGGUCGCCUUGGUGUACACCACGCUGGCUGAGAACUUCCUGAAAGUACUGGUAGUGCCUGCCAUCAAGAAAGACUAUGGUUCCCAGUCGGACUUCACCCAAGUGUGGAACAGUACCAUGGAAGGGCUCAAGUGCUGCGGCUUCAACAACUACACGGAUUUUAACGACUCACCCUACUACGUACAGCAGAAUGCCUAUCCCCCAUUCUGUUGCAUCAACAAGGUCAACGGCACCAUCGAGGAACCUUGCACCGCGCAGAAGGCACAGGAGCUGGAUGUAGAGGGCUGCUUCAAACAGCUUCUGUAUGACAUCCGAACCAAUGCAGCCGCCGUGGGUGGCGUGGCAGCUGGAAUUGCAGCCCUGGAGCUGGCCGCCAUGAUUGUGUCCAUGUAUCUGUACUGCAAUCUAGAAUAAGCCUGCUCCGCCAUGCCACUGCUGUGCCACAGGAGACCCAAGAAGAGGCACUCUGGCGCUGCCAAGUGACAGUCACCUGGGUGCAGACAGAAUCUGACAGUGCCACUUGGGCUGGGGUGGGCCUGCUCUUGCUGCUUGGGGCCAGGGGCUAAAUAGGGACCACCCUUUUAGGCUCAGCCUCUCCCUGUCAUAGGUGGAGUCAGGGCCCACCUGUUCCAGAGCCUCUAAGGUAGCCAGUUCUUUCCUUCCCCCCGCUGUUUCCUAAACCCUUGACACCCUCUUAGGCCAAGGCAGGUUCUUGGUGAUCCCAGUACUUUGCUGGGGGGAGAGAGAAAGGCACUUGAGAGCGGGCGUAUUACAAAUCAGCAGAGUUAUGGGGCGGCUGUGGAGAAGGCUCUUCGGAGCUCAUAAACCAACCAAAUGUUCA